AUGGAAGGAGCAGCAAGUUCUACAGUGUGUGUCACAGGGGCCACUGGAUUCAUUGGUUCUUGGCUUGUUAUGAAGCUCCUUGAGAAGGGUUAUUCUGUGAGGGCAACCGUUCGAGAUCCUGGAAACAUGGAGAAAGUGAAACACUUGUUAGAGUUUCCGAAUGCUAAAGCACACCUAACCUUGUCGAAGGCUGAUUUGAUUGAUGAAGGAAGCUUCGAUGAGGUCCUCGAUGGAUGCAUUGGAGUCUUCCAUGUUGCCUCACCAAUGGAACUCCUUACUAAGGAUCCCGAGAAUGAAAUGAUAAAGCCAACAGUGAAUGGGGUGCUCAACAUCAUGAGAUCAUGCAUCAAGGUAAAAACUGUUCGUAGGUUUCUUUAUACAUCGUCCACAGGGUCUAUUGAUGUUCUACAAUACCAACCUGUUGAGUAUGACGAGAGUUGCUGGACUGAUGUGGAUUUCUGCAGAGCUAAAAUGAUGCCUGGAUGGAUGUAUUUUAUUGCCAAAACUCUGGCAGAAAAAACUGCAUGGGAAUUUGCCACAAAGAACAACAUAGAUCUCAUCACCAUCAUCCCAUCUUUUGUGCUUGGGCCAGUCCUCACACCAACCAUGCCUCCAAGCUUGGCAUUAGCAAUUCCACAAUUGCUUGGUUUAAUGGACUUCUUUUGGUCCAUAAAGCAACUUGGACUUGUGCAUUUGGAUGACCUAUGUGAUGCUCACAUAUUCUUGAUGGAGCACAAUGGAGCGAAGGGAAGAUAUAUUUGCUCAUCUCAUUGUUCAACAGUUUUUGAACUUGGAAAGAUGUUGAAGGACAAAUAUCCUGAGUAUAGCGUACCCACUCAGUAA